UUGUAAGUAACUCUCUCACCCUCUUUUACUUGCUUGCCUGAUUUCUUCGUUGAAGAGGAUCUUGUCAGAGAAUUAACCUUUCUUCCGAUUCAUCCAUAAUUUGUCUUGAAUUUGAUUUCUGCUGUUAAACUCGGGUAAACAACAAUGGACAUGGUAGAGGAGGAACAAUACUAUUGUUGCGAUGCGGGGCAAUUCUAUGGGGUUGCCGCACCCGGUAAGAGACGUUGGAUCAGAGCACCAUUUGCGCCCAUCAAUCUUCGGCUCUUCAACCUAAUUCAUACCUGUCGUCGUUGGGUUGAUCCAUCUGGCCUCGACUUUGUUCCCAUCAGAUUAAAACUCUACCACCAAACACUAACCAUCUCCAGCGAUGGAGUCCCCCUUUAUGGUUUACCAAAUUGGAUGGAUGAAAGACGAUUUCAGAUCCCUGUGUCUGAUUUCCAGGUAUUAUCCAAAAGGGAUGAGUAUACACGCAUCCUUGCAGGCUAUCUUGAUAGCCUAAACGUCCCGGAAGAUGAGCAGUACGAUAUUAUUGGAAGAAUAUUUGGGGUGAUCGAGCAGGCUCUCCCUGGGGUGCCCAUUAUUGCCAGGGUAGUGUAUAUGACUCUGCAACUAUCAAGCUAUGCAAUUAUGUCAUAUAUUGAGGGUUUGGUUGAAUUGAGAGUCGAUAGUCUGGAGGAUAGACAUACACUUUGUGCUAUUUGUAGGGAGGACCUUGAUCACUUUGGAGGGAAAUAUAAUGAUGAGCAGAUGAUUAUUCGCUUGCCUUGCUCGCACCUUUAUCACAGAGAUUGCAUUGUCCGUUGGCUGGGGAGGUGUGAGGUGUGCCCCUUGUGUCGACACUUUAUGCCUGUUGCGGAUGUGGAUGCAUCACUAGAAUACUUGGAAGCUGAGCCGCGUUGGCCUAUGCUGCUCAUGAUGUCUGCUGCGGAAGAAAUGGAGAGAGGCGGAGUGUGAGUGUGAUAAUAUCAGAUUUAUCAUCAAGUAUACAUAUGGCAUGGAGAACUAGUCUGUGGUGUUGGAUUGUACACUGUCAAGUGCUCCAAGCCUGAUAACUGUAGUUAGUGUUCCUUAUGCUUUGUUUUAAUCUGGUAGGUCAGUAAUUUCUUGAAAAAGAUCUGGUAUGUGACUUGAUGUUGUACCUGUGAACCCAAGGUAGUCAUCUCCUCCAACAUAUCCAGUAUGCGACUGUGAUGCUUGUUUCGGCUGUAGAAUUACAAGGUUGUUUAUGCAAAUAUGCCUUUUUGUGCUU